CAGACAGACGACGCAACAAUGGUGGCUGUCACUGCCAAACCUAUAUUAUUCCUCGAGGAAAACCAGUAUUCCAAUUUUGAGUGGAUCGGCGAGUGUGAAGAUGGAUCGUUGGUUUGUCGGUGGGAGGAGGAGGUGCUGGUGCAGGGCUCCACGGAUGGCUCCGGCGGUGAUGCAGGAGUCGAGGGUGCUACCAGCUCCCUUGCAUUUGCUACGCAGGUUGCAGUUGCUACCCCAGACCUGCACUCUGCUCAGGUCUUAUAUACAUUUGAUAAGGUUGUGCCUGUGGUCCAAGCCUCUGUCAAUGCUUCCAGGACUUUGCUAGGUUUUGUGACCCGUCGCAAUGCUGGGGAAGGAAACAAAUACUCUGCCUAUGUGGCAGAAAUUUUACCUCAAGGGGGCGUAUUUUCCCUCAACAUUGACUGCUCUCGACAGAUUCUUCUUGAAUUUCUUCAUACAGAAGAAGGUGGGAAGCCCUUAGAGGACAGCUGGAUUGCUAAGCUUCUUGUAUUUGUUCACAGGGAGUCCAUUGCCAUCUACUCCUUUCCUCUGAGUCUGAAGGAUGGAACGUCGUGGAUUGUUGACGACCAGCCACUCACAGAGUCAGUGGUUCGAUCAUUUGUGUGGGCUCAGUGGGAACCUCAUCACAACCAUUUAUAUUACCUACAUUACCGUCCUCCCCCUGAAGCUGGCUUAACUCUAGGCUCAGGUGAAGCAGAGGACGAUGCCCUCCGGCCACGACCUAUGCUCACAGCCCUGCAGUUCCAUCCUCACAAACCUCAUGAAACAGUGUUAAAUGUUCCUCUGGAGCUGUCUGGUCUUGAGCACUCUCCCCUCGACUUGAGCGGUGAUUAUCGAGAUCAAGGGUUACUACACACUGUUGGAGAUGCCUGGCUUGACCUGCGAGUUGUGACCUCCCCCACAGGUGCAGUCUGCAUAUGUCAUCACUAUAUUUAUAAGUCACGGUUAGCAGAGACCCCUGCUGACCCUGAGAGCUGUGCAGUGUAUUUAGCAUACUCUGUGACACUGCUCCACCAUGGAUGCGUUCUUCAUGCCGUUGUCCCCGGUGUUCCCUGGGGACAUGCACACUCGGCUCUCCCCACAUACUCUCUCUUUGGUGGACUGAUGAACUAUGAAGAACACUACCUUCUGGUGAUUGUGCCAGGAGUGUGCAUGCAUAUGUUGGAUAUUGGGCUGGAUCAUAUGCCCAAUAAUCACAUUGUCACUACACCUCCACCACAGCUCCUGCCCAAUGCUCAGCUCUUUCAGAUAUGCGGAGGCAAAGUUAUCUCUGGCCGCUGCAUAACGUUUGUGGAUGGUGUAAAUCAGAUGACUGUGGAAGUUCGAGUGACUAAGGAGUCUCUGUUUUCACUGUUCAAGAGUUCCUCUACUCUCAGUACACGACUGGCAAUACUCCACUUAGCAGCGAUCCAUGAUAAAGAUCACGAUCUUUCUCGAAAGCUGAUGUGGAGUGUGUGUGAAAAUCCAUACAACCUCGACACACCGGCUUUGCUUCAAGAGUACCUGGUAGGGGAGACGUAUGCUGCAGUGCACAAGCACAUUGAUUCUGAUGCUGGACACCUCAUCUCCCUCCUCCCCAUCACUACUUCACCUUUCACCACUGAUACUGAAUAUGUUGAAACCCCAGCCGAAGAAAAUGUUCGGAUUUCAUAUUGCCUGCUGGAAAAUGCAUGCAUAAUGCUCUUGUCGCCUCGUGAGCGUGUGGUUCGCACCCUGUCGGACACCUGGACCAAGCUGUGGGAGCACACAAGCAAGAGACACCACCAGCGCUUCAGCCUUACCGGUGUAGUGGAGAAGCUCAUGGUCUCUCUGGACACAUACAAACCUGAGGCAUUAUCCCAAGGUAGCACCCCAGUGUCUCCUGCAAGUCCACUUGUGGGAGGUCUGACCAUCACUUCACUAGGCUUGACACUUGCACAUCUCAUGUUUGACCCACUCCCCUUUAAUGAGGCUGAGAACACUACAUCAUCUAAACUGGAGCACCUCUUGUCUGUUAACCUGAGGGAGUUGAGUAUGUACUGCCUGAAGCACUUUCCACAUGAGUCUCCUAUGAGAGUGCACGCAGUUGCCAGCAAAUAUGUUUGUACACAGUUACAGGUGUCCCGUCGUUUGUGCUCCAUCUUGUGCUCUUCUCAGACUCUUGUUCCUGCAGAAAAGAGUGAAAAAGGAUUCACAUUCAUAGAGCAGUUGGAUGAUGCUGUUGCUACUCGACUCUUCACAUUACUUGAGCGAUACCACUCAGCAACGGAAGCUGUAGCAUACCCUCUUCCUCAAGGUUACAACUCUUUUUUGGCUUACUUAGCACACCGUUGCCUGCCCCACUUUGUGUUUAUGCAGUAUGUUCGUCGUGGAGUUCUGCAGCUCAAUGUGGAUGUCUUGAGGGAAAUUAUUUAUGAUUUGGAUGACACCCCUCAGAAUGUGGAGAGAAAGCUAGAAAUCAUAUCAUCUGUACCGCUUGUUAGGAGCCUCCGAGCCCUUCAGUUCUGGCAACACCCAAUGUCCUUGAUUCUAAGGUCAAGGCUUCAUGCUGGCUCCAUUCUUGCUGGUGAGGGACCAGGGCAACCAAGGACACCAACACAGUCUGCCAGGAUCAAUGCUCAACAUCUUCAGAACAAAGGUUUGACUGCAUUCCCAACAAUUGACCGGCUCUCUCCAUUUGAUACAUUUUUGGACUUGUUAACAGCAAAAGCUAAUUUAACAGACCUGGACCUCGGUCUACUGUAUGAAGGAACGGUAGCAUCGUGUGAAUACAUCAAGCCAGACAUGGAGACUGACAUUACUGGAGCAAGGAUCUAAGGUGUUCAUCACUGUCUUCUUCAGAUACAUAAAAAACUUUGCUUUGACAAAGUUUUUUAUGUAUCUAAGUAACUUUUAUAUUUAGGGAACAGUAUAUAAUUUAUAAGUAUCUUGCAGUACUUGUAAAUAUUAAAUGUAGGGCUGUUCUGUCACUCGCAUUAGUUUCUUUAUUAAUUUAAUUUAUGAAGAGUUAUUUUAUAUUUAUUUUGUUAAUGAUUAAGUUUGAGAAAUUCAAGUUUCCAUUAUAUUACAACAAAUUUUUUUAGUGCCAAUUUUAUUAGUAGACUUAUCUUUAUUGAUAAUUGUUAAUGAUAGUACCAUAUGAAGGUCCCCUUUUCAGUAAGUUUAAAUACUCAGAGUUGCUGAAUGUACUAAGAAUAUUGUGUAAGUAAGAGAUAAACAAGAAAUUUGGAAACCUUAAUAGCUGGUGAUGUUUGGCUUGGAUACGAAGCUUUAUCAAAUUUUGUGUGUUAGUGCAUAUCUGCAAGAUGAGUUAUUACUUGAGUAUGCAGAAGAUGAGCUACAACUCCUGGUCUGCCUCUUAGCUUUCAACUGACCGAAGUGAUCAAGUCCUGUCAGAUCAGGUUACCAUCUUUUGAAUUUAAUCCUCUGGAAAGAUCCCUACUCUUGAUCAUUGUCUGUACUAACUUGCAUGAAAUAUAAUUUUAGUUUCAUUUAUAUAAAUAUACAAGAUUUGUUUGGCUUUAUAAGUAAAUUUUGAAUCUUGCCAAGCCUUAAAUGACUGAGCUGUCUGCAGGCUUUUAAUGAUAAUUAAAUUACUGUAUUUAUGCUUUUAUGGCUUUCUUGAAGCUGAGAAAAGCAUUUCACAUGUUAUUAUAUGCAAAACAACCACUGUGAAAAUAGUGAAAUUUCGAGCACUUUUGUAACUUCUCACAUUAUCAAGGACCUGUGAAAAUAAUAGAACAUCAGGACUUAUAAGGCUGAGAUAUCACCUCAAAUAAGACAUUACAUUCAGUUGUUUUGCAUAGAGUGGUAUCACCUGUUUAAUGUGAUCUUAUUACAUGUUAUUAUAUUUAUAUACAUACAUUGGUACCAACAUUCUUUCAUGGGUGUGAAGCACAGGUUGUGAAUGUUGCAGUGACAAGGAGGCUGGAGGUAGAGGAGAUGUCAUGUCUAAGGUCAAUGUGUAGCAUAAAUAUUAUGCAGAGAAUUCAGUGUGGAAAUUAGGAGGAAAUUUGAGAUUACUAAAAGUAUUAUUCAGAGAACUGAAGAGGGGUUAUUGAGGUGGUUUGGUCAUUUAGAGAGGUUGGAUCAGAGUAGGAAAAAUCUGAGGGUUUAUAAACCUGUAGUAUUGAGAAGGUGGGUUAGGGGUCAUCCAAGUAAAGGAUGGAAGAAGGGAGAUAAAUGAGGUUUUUUGUGCAAGGAGCUUGGAUAUGCAACAGUGUGAGUGUUAUAGAUAGGAGUGAAUGGAGACGAAUGGUUUUUGAAACUUGACUGUUGGAGUGUGAGCAGGGUUAAUAUUUUGUGAAGAGGUUCAGGGAAACUGGUUAGCUGACUUUGUCCUGGAGGUGCAAAGUAUGGUGAAAGAGUUUCUUUUUCAGGUCACCCUGCCUUGGUGGGAGGUGGCCAGUGUGUUAAAAAAAUCAUACAUUCACUUGUUUAUGUAUAAGUAAUGAAUUCAUUGCAAAAGUUUUACGACCAAAGAUAGAUUAUUACAAUUAAACAAUUCCUUUAUGAAUUUUAAUUUUACAUAGUUGAUUGAUGUCAAUUAUUGCUGUUUUAUUAUGUAGUCUUUACAUAGUGUAUAGUGCCACAUUCAGUUGUAAUAAACAUGAGGAUAUUUAGAUAAUAUGUUCCAAUGCUUAAUUUACCCACACUUCAGGGUAGUUGUAAAUUUUCUCAGACUCAUAAAACGGUGCUUUUUACUGAAUGGUAAAAAUUUUAGAUUUCACUUAAUUUUCUAUAAGUCUACUGCCUGUGAGCACAAAUUGGUUAGAAUAAGAGAAAAAUCAUUGUACAGUGCAUCACCAGCAAUUUGAAAGUAAUAAAACAUAAAACAUCUUUAUUUUAUCUAUACUCAGGGUGCUGUGUAAGGGGUGUGGUUAUACACUAACACUGGAUUAUACCCAUACGUUGAGCUGGUUCAAGAUCACAGUGUCACAGGAGAGGGCUAUUUUCUUUUACAUUGUAAGAGAAAAGAUUGGAAGAUUUAGAGCCGUGCACUUUGCUUGUGCUGUCGUCUGUCAUGUAAUAUUUAUCCUGAAGGUGGGAAGGGCAGUGCGUGGACUGAAGGAGGAGUGGGGAUGUUGUAGUUGGAAGGUAAUUUGAAGUGUCGUGUCAGCACACUCCUAGCAAGACAUCGAUUGAAUGAAUGAUGAUGAAUGUGUUUUCUUUGAAUCACCCUGCCCUGGUGGGAGAUGGUCAUUGAGGUUAAAAAAACAAAGUAUUAUCUUUAGAUAAAAUAAUUGGAGGUGGUGCAUAUGUAUCAGAGGUUCAGUGUACUGUAUAUGAAACUGGGUUAGUUGUUUUCUGUUUGCAUAGUAUGAGUUAGUUAAGAAUUUAUGCAAGUGCCUACCACCAGUUGGCACUAAAUGCACAAAACAUUAUUCUAGAAAGUCAUGACAUGUAUCAUUCUGACCAAUAUUUGGGGAGUAAGAGUACCGAGUAUUUCAUGAGUGUUUUUUGGGGCCAAUGCUAGUACAAAGACUGGUGACUAUUUUUCUCAACUUUCAAACUGAUUCAAGAUUUAAAUUAAAUAUUGCUCUAUAGUCCCUUUCAAAAUAUGGUGAUUCCAUUUUGAUAUUUUUUCACUUUUAUGGUGAUGCACUAUAUUAUUGUCAUCUCUUACAACCAUCUUUUAUUACUUCAUAAGCAACUGUAUUAGUUCUUAUCUUUAUUAUUAUAUAUGUUUUUGUUAUUUGUUCAUGUUUCUUGUUAUUAUAUGUUUAUAUAAUAACAUAGCAGGAAGCACAAAUUUUCUUCCAUUUAAGCUUAUUUCUACCUUUUUUUUUUUCCAAAUUAAGUGUUUUUCAUCUUCACACUUUAUGUAAAAUGAAUAUGCUUCACUGUGUUGGAAUAUUCUAAAUAAAACUUCUGUUGCCUAGGAAAUGUCUGUAUACUCAGUAUUAUAGUAAUAUAUAAAGUGCCAAAUAUGAAGGUUAUACAGUAGGAACGAGUGCCCAUGUAAGGUCAUAGAAGCAUAGGUGAUCUGAGAGUGACUUACAUCACUGUUGUCACUAUGCCAGCUUAUCCUCAUAAGCAAAUGCUGUUUUUUUAAUUUGGUUCGAGAUCAUUGGCAAAGCAACUGUGACACUAGAGACUGUGAACUAGUGGACUUUGUUUGUGCUGGAAAACAUAGUCUUGCUUUUUAUAAAUUGCAUUUAUUGGUUUUAUUGUAUGUUGCAGUUGGUGAAAUUUGGUGAAUUGACUUUAACCUAUUUUAACCUAAAUAACAUAUGUAGAGAAACUGCAUUAUAUAUAUGCAGCAAUGUGAAAAAUCAGGGUUUGUGUUAGGAGGACAGGUUGCAAUGAGCACCAGUGACUAGCAGUGUCCUGUAUGUUACUACAAGUUGAUAUUUUCUGUUAGGUCAUCAUUGUACUGUGAAAAAACUUCAUUAUUGUUUACAGUUUUUUUGAGGGCUGUAAAUAUUCAGAUACAAUAUUUAACUUUCACUGAUUUACAUUAUUUGCUACUUAUGUAUAUUGUAUUUUUAGAAUAAAAUGUUGAGGAAAACUUCAGAAUGUGCCAAAGGUUUAAAUGUAUUUACCAAGUUUUCCUUUCAGUUAAUACUGUAGUGUUAAGUACAUAUAUUCAUAAAUUGUCUAUUGUGUAGAAGAUACGUGAAUAAAAUUUUAUGUUUCCAGUUAAAAGAA